AUGUCGCUCCAACAUGCCCUGCUAGUGUUUAGAGACAUAGUGGUUGUGUGGCAUCCGUCGGGAUUCGAUUCCAACAUUCACUUGCCGUCCGUGCGAGGGUUUGGACUAGAAAGCGCUAGCGCCGCUGCGUCACCUUCUCGACACACAACACCCGACGUCGCAAACAAGUCAAGACUCGCUUCAACUUUCGGCCAACGUCCUCACUAUCAGCAUUUCCGAUAUCAGUUUUCGAGUCUCCACGCCCUCUACGAAACGCUCUUCACACUUCCACUCUGCACCAUGGCAGGUAAAGAAGAUGGAGCGCCCACCCAUCGGUCUGGCUUCAUACUCAAACUCAAGAACCCUUCCUUCUCGAACGGCGACAUCAACAGUGCGAGUCGACGCAGGCUGCGCAGCAACUCACGCACUACUUCCAACAGUCCGUUCCCACAGCAGUGCGGACAUAAGAUGAAGCGCGCCAGAUCGGGAGAACUCAUCGAGGGCGACAUGGAGAAGCCAGAACCGAGGAAGCGCGUCCGAUUCGAAGAGCCCAUGGAUGUCAAUACUGCGGUAGAGGAAGGACGUGCCAAUGAAGAGGUGGAUGCCGAGAGCGACGACGACGACUCAGUCGACAACUGGCCCUUGAGCAAAGUCUCCAAGAUCAGAGACAUCUUCAAGAGCGGUAAGUCCAACAACGGGCUCCUCAACCUCGCGCCGAACGAAAUCAGGGGCGUCAACCUCCUUCAACUACGCCUCGAGUACACCAUGCAGAACCUCCUCGAGACUUACAAGGAGCGUCACGACGGAGAAGAGCUAGCUCAGAGUACCAUCAAGAAGGCCUUCACGAACGCGUUCAAUGACGCUGCGAAGCAGAACGGCGUGCCUGUGGAGGAUCUCAAGAGGGUGUACAAUCGCUUCACGAAGGGCUCCAAGACGCGCAAGUUGAGGGGAACGCUGGACGGCGCGUCGAAGCCGACUGGGGUUGUCAGGAGGUCUACUAGACCUCAACGUGCAGCUCGCGAUACCACGCCUGCGGUGCCAAUGCCCAGAAAGGAGAGGAUGCCACGCAAGAGGACCGUCAAGGACGAGAUCAUCGGCGCUCCAGAAGCACCCAUCACACCAGCCUUCGAAAUGUCCGAAGGCGAGAUUGCAGUCCAGAAGCGCCUCACCCAGGCUCGUGCUACCGGUGUGAAGGUUCCGCAACUCCCCUUCUACCACUCACUCGUCAGGGCCCUCAGCGAGAAGUGCGAUUUCGAGAGCCUCAGGACGUCAGAUCUGAGGGAAAUCAACCACAUUGGCAGAGCCUACUCGGUCGAGGAGUUGGUGCUCGCUCUCAACUGCUUAUUUCCAGGCCGUGCUACCACCGAGAAGGUUCGUGAGCUUGUCGAGAAUUGUCGGGAGGAGAUGGUCCUGAAUGGCAUUAAGGAGUACGGGUACGAUAGGGAGAACGAUAUGUUUUUGCCCAAGGAGAGGUAG